GUGAAGUGAGCCGAAGUAGGACAAUCCAAAAAUCGCCAUUUUUACUUUAGUGAAGGGAGAUUUUAUAUUUGUCAGGCUGGAGGACGAAGAAUAUUUUGAAAAAAGUGUGUCAUUAUAUUUAAUUUCUCGUAGCCGGGAUUAUUAUUUGAAAAAGUCUUAGUAUAAUAGUGUGGUUUUAUUUCUUACUAACGUUUGUAUGUAGUGCUACUUCCCCAUCGUAAGGUUGCUCGUUGGUGUGUCGCUUUAGCUAAUUCGAUGGCUAUGAUAUCGAAAUUGUAAUCUAACGUGUCGCUUUGACAUUCUCCGGGUCUGAUAAUAUCGAGAAAGUGAGGCGACGCCGUUAGAAAUGAGCAGGCCUCAAGGCGGACGCAUACAAGUUCCUGAUGACCUUAGAGAAAUAUUACUGGAGUUUACCAUAAGUUACCUUCUGGAGCAACCGGGAGACGUGAUCAACUACGCUGUUGAAUUCUUCACAAGGUUACAGAACAACAGGACGACUACCAUUGUGAGAGGCCCCGCUGCCGGCACGCCCGAUGAGUCCAUAAUAUCAGAUGAAGAAGAGCCGCCAGUGGCGCGCUUCAACAACCGUCGUAAGUCGGUCUUCGCCGAGACCUACGACCCGGAGGAGGAUGACUCUGACGAGGGAGCCCCCGCCGUGUUCCCCAAGUCGGAUGCCCAGCGCGCCCGGCUGGCGGAGGCGGUGCGAGGCAUCCUGCUGUUCCGUUCGCUGGACGCACAGCAGAUGCAGCAGGUGUUGGACGCCAUGUUUGAGAAACGCGCCGAGCCUGGCGAGUACGUGAUCCGGCAGGGCGAUGACGGCGACAACUUCUACGUCAUCGAGAACGGCGUGUUUGACGUGCUCGUCACCGGCGACGACCGUGUGGAGAAGGUGGUGCACACGUACGAAGGCUCCGGCUCCUUCGGCGAGCUGGCGCUAAUGUACAACAUGCCUCGUGCGGCCUCGGUGCGAGCCCAGACGCCCGGCGCUCUUUGGGCCAUGGACCGCCACACCUUCCGCCGCAUCCUGCUUAAGAGCGCCUUCAAGAAGCGCAAGCUGUAUGAAGAGCUCCUGGACAAAGUGCCCAUGCUGAAGGCGCUGCAGCCUUACGAACGCGCCAACUUGGCCGACGCCCUGGUGCCUCGCACGCUGAUCGACGGCGAGCUGAUCAUCCGGCAGGGCGACACCGCUGACGGCAUGUACUUCGUGGAGGACGGCUCCGUCAGCAUCCGCAUCACGCGCGACGACGGCAACGAGCACGAGAUCAAGCGGCUCGGCAAAGGAGGCUAUUUCGGAGAGCUGGCGCUGGUGACCCACAAGCCACGUGCUGCUUCUGCUUACGCCGUGGGACCCACCAAAGCUGCUUUCCUCGACGUGGAAACCUUCGAGCGCCUGCUCGGGCCGUGCAUGGAGAUCAUGAAGCGCAACAUCGACGACUACGAGGAGCAGCUCGUCAAGCUGUUCGGCGACAAGAGCAACCUCACCGACGUGCGAUGAGCGCCCACCACGCCCUUCCGCGACCAGUAAUCUUCAUCCUAUACCUAUACCUUUAUGUAGUCUCUUAACUUUGAGUCCACUGACCACUGGGUUAUUAGCACCGUUUUGAGUUUAAAAAUGGAAAAAUUUUCGGGAUGUGUUUCAGUACUCACUGGGAUUUUGUGCACCGUUUUUAAGUUAAAAAAGAAGAGAAUCUUCGGGAUGUUUCAGAAAUACGUAAAUUUCGAGUUUUCUUUUAACCCAUCAAGCCCCAAAAGAGCGCAUUAGACCGCGAGCAAUUGAUUUCUAUUUUCUCUAUACGCGGGGCUUGAAGGAUUAAUGUUUGCUUAGAUUAAUAACGCCUAAGAUGGUCUUCAUACAUGCGCUUCGGCUAAAGUGAACCAAAAAUAUUAUUGUCAUCUUACAAAGUUUUCACUAUUGUUUGACUUUGUCAACUGUCAGAAUUCAAGGAAAAACUUGGCAAAACCAGUGUGCUUCAAAUACGCACCAUUGAAGCCAUUAGACAGAAUAAUAAUAAGCCACUGGUCCCGUUUGAAGUGCUUCUCUUUUCUUGCGCUUACUCGAUUUCUAGCCAUUAUAAUUCUAUGAGUGAUUGUAACAAAAAAUAUGUAAUAAUGAUACUCCAGACAUAUAAAUUAAUAUACUCGUGCAUCCCCACUGGUCCGAGGACAACAGGUUAAGAGACACUGCUCUAAUCGGUUUUAACUUGGUACAGUAAUUUGAUGUUUUGACUGCUGUAAUUUCGCUGCUGGCUUCAGCAGGUCCCCAUGAGUAUUGAACCCUCACUGGUUAGGUUUUCGAUCUGUAGAUCUAGGUUGCACAGAAGUUGUAGUGGUUAAAUUUUAAAUGUCGUUUCAAUGAUUCCUAUUGUUAGAUUAUAGUUUAAAUGUCAAGUUACUGGCUCGAUUUAAAAUUCACGAGACGAAUCUCCAUUAGGCGUUAUUUGUUGUGAAAAACGAACGGUUUUGACACAGAUGGAUCUGUGUGCUUAAAAUAGUGAUAAUACUUUGUCAACACUUUUUGUCUCUGCUCAUUUCCAAAUUUUGUCUCAGAUCUUUGCAUUUGAUCUUACGAUUCCCUACUCUUGAUUGUUUUAGUUCAUCAGUACCAUAUUUUGACAUUCACAGGAUUUUGUAAUCCUGAUUAAAAUAUUUGACUGCUAACUUAGCUAUAAACAAUCAGUCUAUGGCACCAAAACAUCUUUGACAAAGUUGUGAAAAUAUCACUGCAAUAUAAUUAUGUCAUUCGGACAACAAAAGGUUCGUGUUGCCACAACAAAUAAUUGCCUAAUGGAAAUUCGGCUUCUUUUACUGUGUUCCUUCCUUGACUUCGCACUGAGAUUAUGCUGGUGUAUGCUAGAGUUUAUUGAAAUAGCAUGAACAAACCAAUUUUAUUUCAAUGGCAAAACAUAAUUAAAAUAUCUAUGUUUAUGCUAUUUCAGUGAAGACUUUCUCGAUGAUAUUUAUUAAUUUUUUUGUUAUUGUUAUAGAUAUUUUAUUACAUUGCGCAUUAAUGUGCAAUCUUCCUGUAUAUUUUGUAUUAUGAAACUAUUUAAUUUAAUACAAUAAACAAGAACAAAAACAGCAUAAUCUCCCGGAGUUAACUAAAACUGUUUUACGCUCAAGCAGUCGCUAACUAAAUUCUAAUUUAUUUUGACUUGGCUUCUCGUGUCUACUAAUUCGUACCGCGACGGUAUCUAGUAUCGCUAUUGGUUUACGACUUUUUAUCAAACAGUGCCAUGUGGAUAAUUUAUCACAUAAUUUAAUAUUUAGUGUAGUUAUAUCUCAGAUUACGCGUCGAAAGGGAAGGUCAAAAAUAUUGUACGAGCGCUCAAUAAUAUUGCAUUGGUACGAAUAUACGCUUAUAUUAGAUAGAUAAAUGCCUUAGUAGAAAUGUAAAUAUACGCUCGAGUGUGUGGCGUCUCGAACCGACCGCUCGCACGAAACUAGUUCCUCACGAACCAAAUUCAACUUGCUCAUACACAGUGCCAUAAAAAAGGAACUUCUUACAUCGACAUGCAGGAUUCUACGUACAAUGUCACAUCGUUCGGUUUCGUGCGGCCGUCGCGAACACCCGACGAAUGAUAUGAAUUUUACGGAAUGAGGGUAAAAGGCAUUAGUCAUAAAAAUUACCAUAAAAAUGUCUUAGUAGUGAGAGGUGACAAUGCAAUAUUGUCGGGCACGCGUCCUGAUAUAUUUCAACAGCUGUCGCCAUUUCUUAAAUUUAAGAUAUUCACUGACACAGGCUUUUCUGAACAAUACAACAUUUUAUAUACCUUGUAGGUAAAGUAUGUAGUCUUAUUUUCGUGAUUAGAUAAAAUCUACUCACUGUAUUUUUAUUUAUUUAUUUGAACGCAAUUUUAAUUACUUUAUCGAUUUUAUGUAUAUGGAGGUGUUACGUGUGAAGCAGUUUUGAAUGCCAAAUUAAUGGUAGUUACGUUGCGCAGGGUCACUCGACGUCGAAUGACUCGGCACGUCCGGCCCUCAACCACCGGGGAGUUGUUUUAAUAUUUAAUUGUAUUUAAUUUUUUUGCAGAGAAUAUUUUUUUAAUGAAUGUUUCAUAGUAAUUUUGUUAAGGAAAAGGGAUUAUUUUUUUGUGUUAUCUUUUAAUUAUUUUACGUUUAAAAGCUUUUUCUGUUGUAGAGAGUUCCUAUUGUUUUGUUUGCUCUUACUGUUUACAUAUAGAUCUGAGGUGUGUUGAACUGAAUGGUACAGUAGUCGCCGGGCACGCGGCAUCGGCCGUGCCACCCUCAGGUAGAACUUCCCAGUAUUAUUUAAAUUAGAAAAAUCUACAACCUUUGUUUGUGAAUCCAGCCAAAGUAGGUGAAUGCGUAAAGAUCAUGUGUAGCGCUAAAUAUUUAAGUCUAUAUUUACUAUGUAGUAGUUAGUUUUUGUCAUUUUCUUAUUGUAAUUUAAAAUACAUAUUAGUAGAUUAGGAAAUUUAAUGGAGCAUAGUCAAAUCCUGAGGGGUGAGGUGUAACGUUUUGACGCCAUGUACAAAAAUGUACAAAUUUAUUUCAGCUGCCAUAGACGAUGUUGUCUUUUUAUUUAAAAGAAUUUUAACCUAUUAAUUGAAUUUUAAUGAUUUUUAAUGACCUGCCACUGUUAUCGACGAACGGUUUCGAUCGUUGCUGUUCGGUGUUGUCUGUCCCGGCCUGCUUCGCUGCUUCUGUUAACCCGACAUUACCCGUUAAGCGUUUGGUUGACGUAGCUAAUACAUUCCUUAGUUGCCAGUUGACAAGUUCAAUAAUUUAAUUUUUGUUAAUAAAUCUGUAUAUGAUUUUAUCAUUUCAUCGUUCUACGAUGACGAUUCUCACUUCAAGUGCCUAUUUCAUACAAAACAUCAACAGGAAAUGUUUAGAAAUCUUUCUCACUAACAAUCUAAUGUUAAUCUCGUGUUUAACUUAAAACUGCCUUUUCUAUUUGUGAAUUGUGAAAUGUGUUGUGAGGUAUGUGUAUUUAGUGCAUCAAUCCGAAAGCCGAUAUAUUUCGUUCAUCUUUUCCAUGAUUAUUGUAUACCCUUGUUGACUUGGACUCUAUUUGUGUCAUAAUUUAUCAGUACAUUAAAUGUUUACCUAGUAAAUUUUGAAGUGUGUUAAAUGUCCUAAAUUGCCAACAUUUGUGUAGAGUAUUCACCGGUCCAUAUUCGCUUAGGUGUGUGAUACGUUCUCCUUUCUAUGAUACAUUUACAGUUUGAUAUUCCGUGUAUAAUGUUGAUGUUACAUUGUACAGGUGAGGUGCGUCGCGUCCACCGAAUGUCUGUGUGUCCCGGUGUAUUGAGCCCACUAGUUAAUAGUACGUGCAAUAACUACAUAUUUACUGUCAUUAUCUAUGUAUGUCGUUCACAAUAUCAUGUGUUAAAUUUUGUCUGUGUGGAAUUUAUUUAUAGAUUUUAAAUCAUAGCAUAAGGUAUAUAUUUCGCUAUACACGGUGUUUAAGAAACUUUUGCAUUCUUAUUAUACCCAUCUGUAAUGUAGGAAUAACUUAUUUAAAUUUAACACGUGUAAAUUCAUUUUGUAUUGGCGAUCAUCGACCGAUUGUCGUGCAAUGUACCUAUAAUAAUAAUUUAAUGAAGCACAAAUGUUUAGAUACCUAUUUCGAAGGAGUUCACGUUCUGUUGUCUUCCAUGGGACGCACAGAAUCCACAGCUGGCUCCUGGCUCCCCCUGGAGCGCUAUCUGGCAUACUGAUGUAAAAUUAAAAUUCAAUACGCUUAUCCCUAGCGUAAAUUUUUAUAAAUUAUACUAGUCAUUGGUGUCUAUCGUAGAUUUGUAACCUGACAGCACAUUGGAAUAAAAUAUACGCCAUGUCUCUUCACGUUCACACUAGGUGUAAGUUGUCUGUCAUACCUGUUUCAUGAUGGAAGCAUAUCAGCGCGGGAAGCCGCUACCUCCUACGUCUAUAGAUAUAUUGCACCACAUAUACAUCCGGUAGCCAGUUGAAAACUAGUACCGCUUUUUCCACGUCAUGAGCUUACCCUGUACAUUUAUAAAAAUUAUGUAUCGUAAAAUGUUAGAAAACUGAAUUAUAUUUGUUUGUAGAUCUAA